UAUAAUUAAAAGAGAAGAAAAAAAACCACAUCCCAAAUGGCCAAUAUCCCAGGUGGACACUCUUUAUCCUUUAGUUUACUUGCUGUUGAAGUUGGUGUUGACUUUACCUGUUGCAACUGCAAGCUGCGAAAGAGCAUUUUCAGCUAUGAAGAUAAUCAAGAACGAUCUUCGAAAUCGGUUGAGUGACCAAUUUAAGAAUGAUUGUUUAGGUGUGUAUAUUGAAAAAGAUUUGCUUUGCAGCGUAAGUGAUGAAUGUAUUUUAGAGACAUUUUGUGAACUUUAUGAAUUAAUUUUUUCUUUUAAUUUCUACUUAAUUUUUUAAUUUAAUUAUUAUUGGAUUUUAUCGGCGACACACCUCUCCGACAAUCCUGGGUCCGCCACUGCACCUGGCCCUGCUCCCACGAUUACAACAGCUGGAGACAGUCGAGCCUGGCAUGGUUGUUUGUAUGUGGGAUGCGGCUACGAGGAGUGGAUCUCACGCGGCAGGGGGGAUGGUGAUUUUGAAUCUGGCUCGGGAUAUCUUAAUGGCUAAAGGAGUUCAGUUUCCAGGAAUUGAUGAUCCUGCUGUGGUGGAAUUGCUAGUCCUCCGAGAAGCAAUGUUGUGGUGUCUGGAGCAUGGUUUCGCGGUGGUAAGAUUGGAGGGAGAUGCCAAGGUGAUUAUUGAUAAGAUCAGGCAGGCAGAUACCAGCGAUAACCAAAUGGGGGCUGUUCUUGAUGAAGUAGUACAGUAUUUUGCUGCCCAUCCUGGGUUGAGUGUUCGAUUCGUAGUUCGGCGUUAUAAUAGGGUAGCUCAUGAGGUAGCUAGAAAGGCCCUUUCGUUGUACCCGACUUUGUGUCGUUUCUUUGAUUUUCAGACCUGGCUGGAAUCCAGGGUGUAACUGUCUUCUAUCAAUCAAUAUAAGAUUAUCUUUUGUAAAAUAAAAAAAACUGUAAAUCGUAAAACUUUUGGCAAAACUGAGAGUUUAAGGGAUUCUAAUGUUCACUGAUUUCAGAGAAAUCAUGAUUGGUAUACAUCUUGUUGAGGGAAAAAAUCCCAAAGUACACUAGUACUUAAAAAAAAAUUCCCAAAAUACAUAAGUUACAAUUUUUUUCCCAAAAUACACAUGUUUCAUAUUCAUCGUUUUUGUCUAACGCAGUGAACAUAAUCACCGCUUCAGACAAACACGGUGAAGAAUUCACCGUUUUUAUUUAAAAUGAUGACGUAUUCACCGUGGUUAAGCAAAACGGUGAAUAAGUCACCGCGUUUAAUCUAAACGGUGAAGACAUCAUCGUGUUUGUUGACAACGGUGAAUAAGUCAUCGUUUUAAGGCAAAGCGGAGAAUAUAUUUACCGCCCUAGGUCACGGCGGUGAUUGUUUCCCACGUUUCCCACCCCUGGUAGGUGAAAAUUAGGUCACAACCACCUAAUAUUCACCGCCUUAGGGGCAACGUGGUGAUAGUGUUCACCGUUGGAGACAAACGCGGUGAAUGCUGGCCGAUUUUCUUAUAAAUACCAGUCCCACUAGCAGUUGUAAAAACGUAACCCCUCUCCCUCUUCAAAUUUCUGCAACCAAAACCAAGCAACAUACACAGAACAUGAAUUUUCGGUAUGAUUUAAUUUUUGUAUUGUAGCCUAAUGAUGUUUUUAGUAGUUAUAUUGUUAUGUUAUGAAUUACUUAUCGUAGCAAAUAUGUUCUGUUAGUUGAGAAAUUUAUGUUGUUGUUAGUUAGCUGAAUUUAUGUUAUGUUAGUUAUGAGAUGGAGAAAUAUUAGUCGUACAAUAUGGUUUUAGUUAAUUUUACUGGAAUUAAGCUAAUAGUUACUU